UGUUGACUUUAACUCCUUGAGAUAGCAUAUCCCGUGUAACACAGCCUUCGCUUCCGCUUCAGACGCCGAAGAAACCCUAGCUUCUGCUGUGAAGCCAUCAACUACACGCCCUUCUCCAUCCCGAGCGAUUCCAGCAACGGAACAAAGAAACUCGCCGGGAACCCAUGAUGCGUCGACGUUCAAUUUCAAUUCCCGACCUCUCGGUGGUGUCCAUGACUCCGGUAGGUAUUGGGUCGUUCUUUGGCCGGACUGGUUCUUCGUCCCUUUGCUGAAGGCGGUAUUCUGGAUUCGUACUAGUUCAAGGAUGUCCGCCGGUUUGGGAACCUUUGCUCGGAAGAUCCAGGAGUUUCGCGCCUUCCAGAUUUGCCAUAGAACCCCAGCGAUGAACUCCCGAUUAGAUUUUCCCUUGUGGGAACAGCAUUUUGACAUAUGCUCCAGAGAAAGGUUCGGAUCUGUGGUGGAACUGAUAGGCGCCAGAUCUGUGUCCAUAAAGUGCGUGGAGGCUGAUUCUGGUAUCAGGUUUGGGGCUCUUGCUCAAGGGAAUGGCUUGGAUCUCGUUGGCUAUUUUGUCCUCAAAAAGCUGUUGAAUGAGAGACUGCUUCCAAGUUCGAGAUUCUUCGUUAAUCAAACUUUCCACCCAGGGUGUCUCGACCCAACAGGAUAUUAUUCCAGCCCCAAGAUGAUUUCCUGCCCUUUUGUGCACUCCAUAGAUCGCCCUGAGGAUAAUAUAUGCCUUUUAAAACUUGACUCCAUAAUGCAUUCGGGGAAGUAUGAAGCCGCCAUGCUUGUUUGCCAAGCAUUGCACAGUUGAAGGUAAUUAAGUCUUUAAACCCCAUCCCUCCUUCAUCUUUUCUGUUUUUCAGAACUUCCCAGUUCCUCCAGUGUAUGCCCUUCGUGUUAUCCCCUUUCUGCCACCAGAAUGAAGCUAUUCGCCUUUCAAUUGCUUUGCAGAUCGACACUGGCAAUUUAAAGAUCGACAUGGCGUAGGUAGGGAUGGCCUGCACCACACUCUUAAUCAAGAUUUCCUUUCCGGCUUUAGUACUCUCAACUCAUGUGCCAUGUUCCUUUUAAGUGGAUUUUUCACUUUGGGGAUCAAGGUUAUAUAAGUCUCGAUUCAAAUGAGGGUCCGAAUAC